AUGGAUGCUACUUACGAGGAGGAUGCAAAUAGAAACAAAGCGGCCUCCGUAUAUGACAGUCCAAACGAACCCCAUGCCGGAGCUUCAUCGUCUGAUGUGCAAACCAUUGCCGGAGCGCCUGUCGAGAAGGACAACCCCCUCGGCCAUGAGGUAACCCUAAUAUCUGCUGUUAUGCUUAACCUGGGUGCUUUAUUGGGUCCUGGUAUCUUCGCGGUAUCCGGGGUCGUGCUUGCUUCUGUUGGUUCGGUCGGGUUACUGCUCAGCUUCUGGGUGCUGGCUCCUAUUUUCGCAUAUGCCGCUAUCAUGGCAUAUGGGGAACUAGCAAGCAUGUUUCCCGAUCGCUCUGGGGCAGAGGUCGUCUACCUCGAGCAGGCAUACCCGCGACCGAGGUUCUUUGUACCAAUCGCCUUCGCGGUGACCUCGGUAUUGCUCUCCUUCAGCGGGACUAGCUCCGUGCUCUUUGCACAGUACGUUUUGACCGUAUUCGAUACUGAGAUCACGAACGGCCGUCAAACGGCGCUGGCUCUAUGUGCCGUUGCAUUCGGAGCUGGAGUCGUCGGCACUUCCACGAAGUGGGCACUCCGCUUGGUCAACAUCCUCACUACUUUCAAGAUACUCAGUCUUGUAUUCAUCGCAGUCACCGGCAUAGCAGUCCUCUCCGGCCUCACCCGCAUAUCCGACCCAUACGACAACUUUCACCACAUCUUCAGCGGCAGCACACCCCACCCCAACGCUCUCGCGACCGCCCUCGUCAAAGUCAACUGGGCUUUCUACGGUUGGCAGAACGGCUUCAAUGUCCUCAGCGAGAUCCGCUCCCCACGUGGUCCCGCUCGCACGGCACGUUUGGCUGCCCUGCUUGCGCUCGCUUUCGUGUUUGUACUGUUCAUGCUGGUCAAUGUAGCCUAUGUUGCUGCUGUGCCCGCGGAGGACAUCAAGAGAAGUGGAGAACUUGUUGCGAGUCUGCUUUUUCGGAAUGUGUACGGUGAUGGGCUCGCGGCGAAGCUGUUGCCGCUCAUGGUGGCGCUGAGCUGCAUAGGCAACAUCAUUGCGAUUACUGUCGGUCAAGCACGAGUCCUUCGCGAAGUUGCCCGCCAAGGUCUCCUCCCUUUCCCCCAACUCUUGUCGUCGACACGCCCAUGGGGUACGCCACUAGGUCCCGUCCUCGUGAAGCUCGUACUAUCCGCCUGUGUCAUCAUGGCGCUCCCCGCACGAGACGCCUUUAACUUCCUACUGGACCUGGCGUCCUAUCCUCAUCUCAUCUUCAAUGCUGCUACGGCCGUCGGCGUGUGGGUUCUACGACGACGUAGACGAGAAGCAGGUAUGCCCCGGGCGCCGUUGAGCGCAUCUAACAUUGUUCUCGUCGUGUGGUUGGCGCAGAACGUCUUCUCACUCGUCAUGCCUUGGGUUCCACCAGAGGACGGUAAGGCUGACGUGUCGUUCUGGUACGCCACGUACUGCGUCGUGGGGCUGUGUGUGCUCCUGGCAUGUGGAGCAUAUUACUACCUCUGGAUCGUAUUGCUGCCCCGAUGGGGCGGGUACGAAGUAGUCGAGGAGGUAGUCGAUCUCGGCGGAGGAGCGCGAACCGGCAAGCUUGUGCGCAAGUACCCCUCUUCGACCGACGAGAACGCACCAUUACUCGGUGGAUCCUCAUAG